AUGCACGACGCCUAUGAGCCGGUGCCGAUUUUGGAGAAGCUUCCACUCCAGAUUGACUGUAUGGCGGCCUGGGAGGACUGGUUGCUUGUUGGAACCAAGCCAGGACACCUCCUUUUGUACAGGAUUAAAAAGGAUGCAGCCACCAACCUCUUCGAAGUCACACUUGAGAAGUCCAACAAGAACUUUUCCAAGAAAAUCCAGCAACUCUACGUUGUUUCGCAGUACAAAAUACUCGUCAGUCUUCUGGAGAACAAUAUCCACGUCCACGACCUGCUGACAUUCCAGCAAAUUACUGUAGUGUCCAAAGCCAAGGGAGCCACGCUGUUUGUUUGCGACUUGCAGCAAAGCAGCGCUGGAGAGGAAACGCUGAGAAUGUGUGUUGCCGUAAAGAAGAAGUUGCAGAUGUACUACUGGAAGGAUCGAGAAUUCCACGAGCUGCAGGGAGACUUUGGCACUCCAGAUAUUCCAAAGUCCAUGGCCUGGUGCGAGAGCUCCAUCUGCGUCGGCUUCAAAAGAGACUAUUACCUCAUCCGGAUGGACGGUCGCGGCACCAUCAAGGAGCUCUUUCCAACUGGCAAACAGCUGGAGCCGCUAGUCACCCCUCUGGCAGAUGGCAAGGUCGCUGUCGGGCAGGACGACCUCACUGUGGUGCUGAAUGAGGAGGGGAUUUGCACCCAGAAGUGUGCCCUAAAUUGGACGGACAUCCCCAUAGCUAUGGAGCACCAGCCUCCAUACAUCAUCGCAGUACUGCCCCGCUAUGUGGAGAUCCGAACUUUGGAGCCCCGGCUUCUGGUGCAGAGCGUGGAGCUGCAGAGGCCUCGUUUCAUCACGUCGGCUGGGCCAAAUGUUGUGUACGUAGCCAGUAACCAUUUUGUGUGGCGUUUGGUGCCCGUGUCUAUCGCCACGCAAAUCCGGCAGCUGCUGCAGGACAAGCAGUUUGAGCUCGCACUUCAGCUGGCAAAGAUGAAAGACGACUCGGACGGUGACAAAAAACAGCAGAUCCAUCACAUCCAGAACCUCUUUGCCUUCAAUCUGUUUUGCCAGAAGCGAUUUGACGACUCUAUGCAGGUCUUUGCCAAACUGGGCACAGAUCCCACCCAUGUGAUCGGCCUGUACCCGGACCUGCUUCCGUCCGAUUAUCGCAGGCAGUUGCACUACCCCAACCCCCUCCCUGCACUAUCUGGAGCAGAGCUGGAGAAGGCCCACCUGGCACUCAUCGAUUACCUCACGCAGAAACGCAGCCACCUGGUGAAACAGCUCAACGACUCGGACCCAUCCACAACAUCGCCACUCAUGGAGGGCACGCCCACCAUCAAGAGUCGCAAGAAGCUGCUGCAGAUCAUCGACACCACGCUGCUUAAAUGCUAUCUGCACACCAAUGUAGCCUUGGUUUCGCCCCUGCUGCGCCUGGAAAACAACCACUGCCACAUCGAAGAAAGCGAGUAUGUGCUAAAGAAGGCGCACAAGUACAGCGAACUCAUUAUUCUCUACGAGAAGAAAGGCCUGCAUCAGAAAGCUCUGCAGGUUCUAUUGGACCAAUCCACCAAGGCCAACUCUCCCCUGAAGGGCCACGAGCGCACCGUGCAGUACCUCCAGAGGCUGGGUGUUGAGAAUCUGGGUAUGAUCUUUGAGUUCGCUCCCUGGGUGCUGAAGAUCUGUCCAGAAGAUGGGCUAAAGAUCUUUACGGAGGACCUGACCGAAGUGGAGACGUUGCCACGGGACAAGGUGCUCAAUUUCCUAAAAGAGGGCUUCAAGGAACUGGCCGUCCCAUACUUGGAGCACAUCAUUUACGUGUGGGACGACAAGGGCCCCGAGUUUCACAACACCCUCAUUCAGCUCUACCUAGAGCGCGUCCAAGGCCUGAUGAAGCAGUACCUUAACUCGCUGCCAGAAGGAGUCGCGGCUGUGCCGGCGGGCAUGGAGAAAGGUGAGCUGGGAGAGUUUCGGAACAAGCUUCUAUCCUUUCUGGAUAUCUCCAGCAGUUACGAGCCGGCGCGACUCAUCAGCAACUUUCCCUUCGACGGCCUUCUGGAGGAACGGGCGCUGCUGCUGGGUCGCAUGGGGAAGCACGAGCAGGCGCUCUUCAUCUACGUUCACGUCCUGAAGGACACGCACAUGGCCGAGGAGUACUGUCACAGCCACUACAGCAGCUCAGUGGAAACCGAUAAAGACGUGUAUCUGUCCCUGCUGAGGAUGUACCUGUCCCCCCCGGACGCGCGCUGCCUCGGGCCCAUCAAGAUGGAAUUGUCGGAACCCCAGGCCAACCUGCAGGCCGCCCUCCGGGUGCUGGAGCUGCACCACAGCAAGCUUAACACCACCAAGGCCAUCAACCUGCUGCCGGCCAACACUCAGAUCCGCGAGAUCCGAGUCUUCUUGGAGAGCGUCCUGGAGGAGAAGGCCGAGAGGAAACGCUGCAACCAAGUGCUCAAGAGUCUACUGCAGGCGGAGUUCCUCAGGGUGCAGGAGGAGCGCAUCUUUCAACAGCAGGUCAAAUGUGUCAUCACGGACGAGAAGACGUGCAGAGUUUGCAAAAAGAAGAUAGGAAACAGCGCGUUUGCCAGGUACCCCAACGGCGUGGUGGUGCACUACUUUUGCUGCAAAGACCGCAACGCGUGUCCAGCAGAGUAA